CUCUUUUACCGCUGUCCCAGACACUCCCAGCCCCACAGUUCACCCGGGACAGCGGGUGGGACCCCCGAGGGACCCCUGUGGGGACCUGCCCCCUGCCAGGACGUCCCCUUGUCACCCCCUCCCCUCCCUCAGUGCUUCAUGAACGCGGUGCUGCAGUGCCUGAGCAGCACCAAACCUCUGCGGGACUACUGCCUGCGCCGGGACUUCCAGCAGGAGCAGCCCCCCGGCCCCCGCGCCCCCCAGGAGCUCACCGAAGCCUUCGCCGAUGUCAUCGCCGCCCUCUGGCACCCGGAUUCAUCCGAGGCCGUCAACCCCGGGCGCUUCAAAGCCGUGUUCCAAAAAUACGUCCCCUCCUUCACGGGUUACAGCCAGCAGGACGCGCAGGAAUUCCUCAAGUUCUUCAUGGACCGGCUGCACGUGGAGAUCAACAGGAAGGGCCGGCGCACCCCCAGCAUCCUGUCGGAUGCACGGAGACCCCCGGCCCUGGAGGACCCCGAAACGCUCAGCGACGACGAACGCGCCAACCAGAUGUGGAAGCGUUACCUGGAGAGGGAGGACAGCAAGAUUGUGGGUGAGUG